ACACACACACACACACACAAAACGCCCCUUUAUGUAAACAUAUAAAACUUAAAACAAUAAUCAGAACAAUCACGAAAGUGCCGCUUGUAGUAAGAGAACAAACAAAUCGUCGACAGCACCAUGCUACAAAACAGUGCCUUCGGGACACCGAUGCUGGACGGCAAACCGGUACUGCCUGAGAUUUACUCCCAUCAUCAAACAGUGAACAAACUGGACAUCGUCGCAGAACCUCAACAGCUCACGAUCUACAACAACAAUAAUGCGGACAUAGCCAAUCGCAACAGCAGCAGUAUCCUUGCACCUCCAAGAUAUGCCGUCGAGAGAUCAACUCCAACCGUCGAACGCGAUGGCUUGGAAACAGCAGCGCACGAUGUUCAACCAUUAAAGACUGAGAACAACACAUCACAGCGCAACGACGAGAUUACUCCGAAUGCUGCCGAUGGUGAGGAGGUGCUUAUUGGCACGUGCCAGCAGCACAUGGUGCCACACGCCCAAACGCCGGCCGAGGAAGUCACACAACCGCAAGACAACAUCGCGGCUGCUGUGGCGUGCAGACCGAAGAAGAAGGCAGGACUGCGGCGGCCAAUGAAUGUGUUCAUCCUUUUUUGUAAACGGCAUCGGUCAGUGUUGAAGGAACACUACCAGGAGAAAAACAGGGCAACCACAAAAAAGCUUGGCCGUUCAGGUGGGAACUCAAUUAACACUGCUGUUUCUGUUGUUUCAGAACAAAACUAA